UUAAUCAUAUGGCUUUCCAAUUUUUGUUCAUAAAAUGGUUGAUAAUAUAAAUAAUCGUAUCACCGUUUUUAACAUACACCCAUCAGCAUACCAAAAUAUCACAUUAAAGAGAAACUACUUGAAAAAUAUAAUGAAUUCAGAAAACAUAAUUAUAGAUAUUUGAUAGGAAUUUAAAAACUGAUGACCUAGAAAAUACAUUAUUUUCUACACAAAAAACCUGUCUUUUUCAUUAACUCUCGUACAUAUCUCAAAUUACAUUACCAAUCAAAAAUAAAACACUUAUAGCUUUCUUAUACAAGUCUCGCACGACCUGAUAAAAAACUGAUCAAUCAAUCCCCAGGUUGAAAAAGAAAUUUCUCGGACAUCAAAAUCGACCCCAGGAUGUCAGAGUGUUCCUGCGUCAUCCAGCACAGCGUAGAAGGGAAGAACUGACAAUGAAGUGUCUUUGAAAAUGUAAACAAGCCUCCACUAAAUUUCCCCCUCUUGAUUUAAGCGGUUCGAAGCUAACACGACAACAUGUACAAACCGGCGAGAUUCUCUCUUAAAGGAAGCUUUUCUGCGUCAGAAUGGCGACGGGGUUGCAAAACGUGGAACGAGAGGAUGUCCAUUCUCUACAAGACCAAGUACGGAUCUGAUGUAGUCCUCAAAGUUAAAAACGACGACAAAGAAACGCAUUUUUCAGCACAUAAGUUUGUCCUGAAAAUGUCAAGUCAAGUUUUAGAAACGAUAAUGAACACGGAGGUUUGCCUGAAAAAUAAAGACCCGGCAAUCAUAUUCACAAACGUGGAUGAAGAAGCGUUUGGCCAUUAUAUCAAGUAUUUGUACACUUCAACAGUGGCACUCAGUUCAACAGCCCAGGCGAUCGAAAUUUUCAGAAUCGCCGACAAAUUCAACGCACCUGACCUAGCAGAACUCUGCUAUGCUUACAUCGUGGGACAUCUCGACCCGUCGAACGUCAUGCCCUGUUACAUGUUUGCUGAUGUACAUGGGAUGGAAGAAUUAAAACUGCGUUGUUUGACGUUGAUUCAGAACGACACGAAACAAGUUGUGAAUAGUGAAAACAUAACGAGAUUCGAUGUCCAAUCGCUGAUCAUCCUGCUGAACCAGCCGGCCCUUAGCAUACGAGACUUUGAACUAUUCAAGCUAAUAGAAAGGUGGAUAAAGGUUUGCGAAGGGUCAGAAUUAUGCAACUUAUGUGUCGCUCACAACCCUGCAAUAGACUUGAAGAAAAAAUUCCAUCACUUACUAAUGACACGUUUUCGCCAUAUGAGCAUACCUCCUGAAGAACUAGCUCACUCGAACGAACUAUCCCAACCUUUCAAUACGCAGAGCGAUCAGAAAAGAACGCCCGGUGAGAGCAACACAACUCUUCAACAGGGAAAUCAAGGCAGACGUGGGUCGAGACAGCUGGAGCCGUCUAGAAACGAACAGAGAAGCGCGAGCCUGUACAGACUGAACAAAGAUGAAAACGCUCCUCCUCCGAACAUUGGCAUACAGCAGGUGUCGUCUGUAGUUCCGAAAUAUUUGUCAAACAAACUCAACGAAAACGCCGGACGAAGGACCUCACGGAAUUAAAAGUUCGUUGAAUUCGCUUAAUAAACAUACGCCAUUAUGUCGUUGGUUCAUACCCGUCCUGAGCGUUCAACAUAAAAAAGAUUAUAGUAAAAAGGAAAUGAUAUGUCACCCGAAAACUUAAGCUGCUGGGGCACUAUGAAAAGAUAUAAGGGG